ACCCAAGUCGCGACGCAUUAGAUAAAUAUUAAUAAAUUAAUAAUAGUUAUUAUUACCGAUAAUAUAAUAUUACUAUUAUUAUUCUCCGUUCGUUAUCGUUUCAAUCGGCUUCGCGUCGCUUUCUCGUGUCAUAUCGGUUCGCGUCGACUCUGUCCGUCCCGGCCUACGUUAUUACAUCAAAUUCGUCAGUUCCACGGAGGUUUUUGUUCCCACUCAUCGACGGAGGUUUCCAGUACUGCUUCUCUGUCACUGUUGUUGCUGCUGCCCGGCGAUCGCUCAGUGUGUUUGUCGGCGUCCUGUUGGAGUUUGGUCCGAUUCAUUGCUACGCUGGUACCCGGCCGUCGUUUCGCCGCCAACAAUUAUUUUGUUCGGAUUUCUCGUGAAAUGGCUACGAUUAACUUGGAUUCCAUUUUACCAUGGCCGGAAUACUAUAGACAGGUGUUGAACAGCACGACUAAACCAGCAUUUUUGAAACCCAUUGAUGGUCCAAAACCAGAAUUUAAUAAGGAGUUGAAUGAAAAAGUAUCUUUGUAUCAAGGUGAUCUAACAAAAUUAGCAAUAGACGUUAUUGUCAAUGCAGCCAAUUCUAAGUUAGCUGGUGGUGGAGGAGUUGAUGGCGCUAUUCAUAAAGCUGCUGGGCGAGAACUUCUGGAGGAAUGUGCUACAUUAAAUGGUUGUAAAACAGGUUGUGCCAAAAUCACCAAAGGGUACAAACUCCCAGCAAAAUAUAUUAUACAUACAGUUGGACCAAAAGGAGAAAAUGCAGAAGAACUGCAAUCAGCUUAUCAAAACAGUUUGGAUUUAGCUGUUGAAAAGAAGUUAAGAACAAUUGCAUUUCCAUGUAUUUCUACUGGCGUAUAUGGUUAUCCGCAAGAAGAAGCAUCCAUUGUUGCCUUGAAAGCUAUAAGAGACUUUUUAGAGCAUGAUCAUAACUUGAUUGAACGCAUAAUAUUCUGUGUAUUCCUUGAUACUGACAAAGAAUACUAUGAAAAGUAUCUACCGUUAUUUUUCCCCCUUGAAUAAAAUUAAUAUCAUGUAUUGUAAAAUAUACUAACUUUUUUUACAGCAUUAAAAGUAAUCAUUUAUACAUUGUUUUAAUUCGUUUUCCUUUUUUUAUAUUAUCAAUAUUGUAGUGUAUUAAUACAGUAUGUUAAUUGUUUAACUUUAAAAGCAUUUAAAUAUAUAUCAAUCUCAUUAAA